AUGAGUGUAACUGAGGAAACCACUGCCCAACAGCUAAAACUCAUUAUUAACAGCACCAGACCUUCAUUUUGUGCCCUACCUGGGUAUGAAGGUACUUCCCUUGGUCUCUUUGGACGAGCUAUGUUGAACUUGGAUUGCGACGAAGUGUUUCCAAACUUAUAUGUUGGCGAUAAGAAUUGUGCUCUGAAUAAACCCUACCUUGCACGUCUCGGAAUCACGCAUAUCAUGAAUGCUGCAGAGGGCAAUGUUCCUGGCAUGGUCGAUACGAAUGCCCAUUACUAUGCUGAUGUGGGAAUCAACUAUUUAGGAAAAGUUCUAAUUCACUGUGAGAAGGGAUACUCCCGAUCACCAACGGUCGCCCUCAUUUACCUUGCUUUGAAAGUCCACUUGAGGAUACCCAUGGCUCUGAGAUUGUGUUGCUCACGUAGAAAAAUAUGUCCCAAUGAUGGGUUUUUGAGCCAGCUUUCUAUGCUUGACAACUGUUUAAAAAGUGGCUGA